AUGCCAAUUAUCAACGGCGGCGUCUUGUUAGCAGGACACAAAUACGAUUUCCAUUCUUUUGCUGGUUACAAGUGGGGUUUGCGAGGAGAACAUGAUUUGAGGUUGUUUUCUAGAGGAAAAAGGAGUCAUACAAUCCGUGUCCUUGCAAAUCCAAAUGCAUCUUCUUCAGAUAAAGAAAGAUCGAAGAAAGAGAUUGUUAUGGUUGAUCCUGUUGAAGCCAAGAGAUUAGCUGCAAAACAAAUGGAACAGAUUAAAGCAAAAGAAAGAUUCAAGAAAAGACGUCAUAUUGAAGCAAUUAACGGCGCAUGGGCCAUGGUUGGUCUCACGGCUGGAUUAGUCAUUGAAGGUCACACAGGAAAUACCAUCCUAUCUCAGUUGGCUGGAUAUUGGGCUGCUUUCAUUGGUUUGUUUGGGUGA